AUGUCCGCCCACGCUUACGACCAGAAGCCGGAGCACGUCUCCAUCUCUCCCCUGCUCCAAAAGCUUGCAUACCCCACCCAGGAGCUGCCGGUUGAUACGGCCGAUAUCGCGUCCGCCUUCGCAUUGAUCUUCGAGGAUCGUCUAUCUGCGAUCCAAACCGCUGCUCUCCUGACUCUCUUGCACUCCACCGGAAAGGACCGAGAUGCGGAGGUCAUCGCCAAAUGCUCGCACCGCAUGAGAGAGGCCGCCCUCCAGGUGGACAAGCCGAGCUUGAAGCAGGUCAUCAAGGCCCGUGGUAAGAAGGAAGGAAACUACAAGGGUGGUCUGUGCGACAUUGUCGGCACCGGCGGAGACUCUCACUCCACGUUCAACAUCUCGACGACGGCCUCCAUCAUUGCCUCCCCGUUCCUGAUGAUGGCCAAACACGGCAACCGGGCGCAAACUUCGUUCUCGGGUUCCGCCGAUGUCCUCAAUGCGGUCUCGCCAGUUCCUCCGAACAUCUCCGCGGUCUCCGCCCAGAAUAUCCAUCAGGUGUACGCGGAAACCAAUUACUCGUUCCUGUUUGCGCCCAACUUCCACCCUGGCAUGAUGUAUGCCAAUCCCGUUCGCCGUGGACUCGGCCUUCGGACAAUCUUCAAUCUCAUGGGCCCCCUGGCCAACCCCGUUGAUUGGGCCCUGGAGGCCCGGGUGGUCGGCGUGGCUUACCAGAGCCUCGGCCCUGUCUUCGCAGAAGCUUUGCGGCAGACUGGAUGCCGCAAGACCAUGGUUGUCUGCGGCGAGGAGGAUAUGGAUGAGAUCAGUUGUGCGGGCAAGACAAACUGCUGGAAACUUUCGGAGUACCCCAACCCGGCUUACAAGGGCCCGGCUGACGGAAACGCCUCGAGUGACGAGGAGGAAGAGAACCCUCGCACAUUGGUGAAACUGGAAACCUUCCAGCUGCACCCCUCUGACUUCGGUCUUCCCACUCACCCUCUGACCGCAGUUUACGGGAGAAAGAUGCCCAAGGACAACGCUGCCAAGCUCAUGAGCAUCUUGCGGAAUGAAUUGCCCCCGGAUGACCCCAUCCUGACUUUCGUACUCAUGAAUGUGGCGUCCCUCUUGGUGGUCUCGGGCAUCUGCGAGGCUGAGACUAGCAACAUAGGCACCGGUGACAACGGCCAGGUAAUCACCGAACGCGGACCUGGCGGAGGGCGCUGGAAGGAAGGUGUUCGGCGAGCACGCUGGGCAGUGGAGAGCGGUGCAGCUCUUGAAUCCUUUGAGAAGUUCAUCCAAAUUUCCAACAAGCUUCAGUAA